UUGUUUUUUAUGCUUGACUACAUACAUGUUUACAUGUAAUUACAGCAAUUUCUCGCUAGUUCCUUACAAAUCUGUGAUACCAAAGGUGACGAUGUGGCAAGGUUAAAGUUAAUGGUGUGGAAGGGUAGGGGGAAAGGGAUUGUCAAGCGAAAAAUUGGUAUGUGAUCUGCCCAUGCUUUUGCUGAAAAUUCAGGAAACAUUUUAGAAUUGUUGUAUUUUUUUCCGCAGGUAUCUUUACUCUAUGCAAGUUUACAUGUAUGGUGGAUAAUAUUUGUUGUUUUUUGCAUAGACGCUAGCUUGUUAUUUAAUUUUUCAGGAGUUAGCAUUUUAGCACAUCAUCUUGAAAUGAAGUGGGUUGUCAUCAAGGGUAUUUCAGGUUAUCCAGAUGAAACUGAAGCAGAAGAAAACUGGAAAACAUUUGCAAGUGUAAUGGCAGCUUCGGUUGUUAUCAGCAUUGUAAACGACUGCAGUAUUUUUGGAGAUUGGCCACAUUACAAAGAUUCAAUCCCCAUCUACAUAAAGGCAAGGGGAACAGCGGGACUUAUAGCGUACUGGAGAGCACUAGAGGAAGGCCAAACUUACGAUAGACGUACCAAGAUUGUGUUGAUUGGUCAGGACCGUACCGGUAAGACAAGUCUUAGAAGAUACCUCAGAGGUGAAGCAUUUGACAAAGAUGAAGCCAGCACUGAUGGGAUUGAAAUGAUUUCCCCUGUCAAGAGCGCAGGAGAAGGGGCAUGGAGGAACCCAGCCGCUCUUGAAAACACAAGUGCACUUGACCACAAGUGCGCAGAGAUUACAAAAGAGAUACUCAACAACUCUACAAAUCCAUCCGAUAGGGCUCAACCGCCUACUGAAGUAGGAAAUAAAACAAGAGGCGAACCUACAGUUGGACAGAAAGCGACUGAAGAACGUGUUCGUGACCCCCUUCUUAUUCGUCCUUCCAUUUACAACCCAAGGCGCAAAUCUGUUACCUCAAAAGAAGACAUUGAAAUAAAUGUUAAGCUUAAGCUCACUAGCCCUGACUUUAACUAUAGCUUCUUUACAGAAUCAAAGGACUUUUUAACUACUAGAGAGGUAACUACAUCAAAUCUUUUACUCACAGGUGUAUUUCCAUCAGUGUCCCGUAAUCUUAUGAGGGUUAGCAUACUCGGUCCAUAAAAAUGCAAAAAAAGAAGUCGGCCUAUAUCAGGCCAUCUUGACCCCACGCUUGGUUAAUAACGCAUAUAUGUUAAAAUGACGGUAUUGAUGAGGGUGAUUUAUGAUAAUCAUUAUUUUCCUUGGCAGAUCUCGACCCACAUCACCCUGAUGAUACUGAACCGCCUCCUGGUUAGCUCAAUCGGUUAGAGCGCUGGAUUGUGUUGUGCGGGAGGUCGAGGGUUCGAGCC